AUGCCUAGUUGCGAAGAAUGCCCCACGACAGCGGCAUCAUGUUGGAAUCACUGCUGGGUGCGGCCAAUCUCAGAAGGGUCCAGUCACUCGCCACCGCGACCAAGCGUCGAAUCUGACCAAGGCUGUGAGCGAGAGCCUCCUAUCACCAAACACCAGCCUAGAACCAGAGACGGUAGCGUUAGUGGCGGAGGCAGUCUGGACGACUCGACGCUGCUCAAAGUGGUCGCUUUCACUGAUCCUCGCGACUCAUGGACUACGGUAAAGGCGGCUGGCGUUGCGUCAGGACUGCUCCAGACACAAUUAUCGAACGUUGGAAAGACAGAAUUCAUUGUCGGCCCUAUCCUGCAAACAUUUCUCAAGCCGCUCUUUGCAAAGUCAUCAUCAAGAGUUACUGCGUCCGGGAGGCCAGCUCACUACCAGGAAACUGCCGAAAGAGGCCGGCAGCCCCCUGCAGCCUCAUCAUGGAAGGGCCAUGCUCCGUGGGCUGUGUCAACCCUGCGCUGGGCUGUCGAUGCCUCCGAGUCGAACCUGAUGCAAGACCACUGGCAUCUCUUCACCCCAGUCUUGCUGACUCUUGCAGAAGACGAGUUGACCGAUGUGAAAUCCAGGGCCCUGGAGACUUUGGCCGUCUUUGUGGGGAAAUGUCCAACUCAAGUACUUCAUACGACAGGCAUUGGUCUCAUUUUCGAAGACGUUGCAUUUCCCGCUCUUCUCUAUCUCCCCAGUCUCACACCCGAGGAAGAAUCCGCAAAACUUCUUGUGCCAGCCUAUGAUGUUCUGAUCAGACUGGCAGAGACUCACCAAUCUCCCCAAAGUCUCAAUCGUCGACGGCUCUUGGACAAAGCCUUGAGAGAGGGUGUUAUUGCAGCGUACUCCCAUGCCUCUCAAUAUGCACGCAUCGUCCAAAUUCUAAUGGACAGUAUGGCGUCAAUCGUCAAAUGUCUUGGUAUCUAUUCAAUCAAGCAUCUAAAGAAUAUUCUCGCGGUCAUAUCAUCAGUCAUGGAAGACCCCUUCGCGACAGCAUUUCCUCCUGCUAUCCUCGCUGCUACUAGGGCUUUGGGUGCAAUAAUCACUAGUUGCUGGCCGAGAAUCAAGGAGGGCGAAAACCUGGAGCAGAUCAUCCGCGCAAUGUCUCUUUGCUGGCUCAACUCUGGACCCAAAGCCACUCCAAAACGCCGGAGGGAUUGGCGGAGGUUCUGGAAAAAGAACCGCGACUGA